AUGACGCGACUAGCGCGCAUCGAUCGUCAUCUCGCGACGUCGUCCGCGUCCGCGUUCGCGUCCGUGCUCGACGUCGUGGACGAGCGAAGAGAUCAUCGCGACGCAUCGAUGAGUCACGACGGUUGGGCGACGGCGGAUGAUGAUGGGUCAAAGUCGGCGAUCGCGCGGUGUCGAUCGUGGGCGACGCACAUGACGAAGGAGACAAAACGUGAUUAUCUCGCCCUGUACGACGCCAACGGCGGCGCCGAGGCGUCGUGGGAGCGAACGAGGACGUGGUGUCCGUGUUCACGGUGGCCGACCGCCUCGGAUGUCCCGGGGUGCGGGACGCUCGGGUCACCGCAGUCGACUCAGGGACAACAUCGAUUGACAAGCGACCGUGGAGACGACACGAUGCACACAGGAGUACUUUGGGGUGUAUUCGUUCUCUUCAUCGUCAUCGCCGGGUGCUUCAUCGCUUUCCUUAGAAUCAGCAAGCUGAAUCCAGCGCGCGACUGGCACACACACGUGAGGUCACUAAGUCGCACAAAGCAAGACUUCGACGCGAAUAUAGAGCCACCACGGGCGAUGCAUCUAGUGCAACAUCCGGGCAAUGACGCUCCACAUUUCGCGAUCGCGAUCGAGGAAAAUCCAGAAGAAUGA